UGUCACUUCCGGUCUGGGCUGAGCGUGUGUUGAUUCACUCUGAUGCAGCGGUUCUUUUGUGAGUGACUUUACACACUCAAUAAAUCUGUUCAAACCGGCGUCAAUCCGCGUUAUUUCCACUGCCCUGCUUCAUUUAACACCAGGAGACUUAAUACAAAGCUGUAGGGGCGUCCCGAGUGUGACCCGAGCGGGAGGAGAAUGUUCCUCAGCCCAUGAUGGGCGGCAGCAGCUCUAAAGGUAAAGGCUACUGGCCCUUCUCAGGUUCAGGUGGAGGAGAUGAGCCUGUAAAAGACGGCCAGGAGCAGAGCCUGGCCCGGGUGCGCAGCGUCCGAAACGCCACGCCAUUCGUGUUUACCAGGAGGAGCUCUUUGUACUUCGAUGAGGAUGGCGACCUGGCCCAUGAGUUUUACGAAGAAACAUUAGUAACGAAAAAUGGCCGCAAGAAAGCCAAACUAAAACGAAUCCACAAGAAUCUCAUACCUCAGGGAAUCAUCAAGUUGGAUCACCCUUGUAUCCAUGUCGAUUUUCCGGUCGUCAUCUGUGAAGUUUGAUGCUGUUGGUGACCGCCUGCUGGAUCCCAGACAUGCUUGCUGUGUAGCGCCACCUUGUGUUCGGAAGGGCUUGACGCGUGUCUGUGGACUCCCGGCAAACGAGCCGCGAGAUGCUCUGGCUGUGUGAUGAGAAGAGGCUGCGGCCUGACAAUGAUGUCCUGACUCGUUUUCCCAUAAUCCUCCAAGUGAUGACUAUUAUGAGGCUGUAUGGCCAAGACACGAAGUGUGCUUUGUAUAUGAGUGUAUGUUUGUUUGUAUGUAUGUGACCAUAGAAAAUUAGGGAAUAUUUAGCGAUGUUCGACUUUUAUCAGGAGCACAUCAUGAAAGACUCUGGAGGACCCUUCUAGAACGUUCCGUUUAGAAUUUUCGAAGAAGCCCUCGGAACGAUCAGGUUGCAUUUGAAUGCUGUAAUUGAUGGGCAUUGUGUAACAUCAGAGCUCCACAGAUCAUAAGGAUGCGAUGUUCGUAGAAAUAAACCUGGUUUGGGUUAGUAGCAAAACUACAGCCUGGAUUUUGCACGUAGUUCCUUGUAGACCCCAUUCUGCUUUCUUUUCAGCCUGUAGAAGAGAAUCAAUGGCUGUUUACUAUGCUUUGAUUUGUUUGAAUGCUGAUUGGAUGAUGGAAUUGCUGCUGCUCCUUGAUUGGACGGUUGAGUCUCUGACUGACACAGUGCUGCCAGUCACUGGGGGAAGCCCCGCCCUCUUCUCACUGUUGUUUCGGUCUUUAUUUAUUAGAGUUUAAAUGAUCAGAUGGCAUUAAAGAAAAUACCAUGUAUGAAUGCACAUCAAACUGUAUUUGUCUCAAUGUAAUUCAGUAGCAAAACAGAAUAUCAAGUGGAAAUGUAGGUGAACCAGAUUCUAUGUGGAUUUGAGUGGUUUUGAGUUUUUUUUUUAAUCUACUAAAUUGAUAUAUCACUAUAGGCAUUGUCUAAAAAUGUUUGAAUUAUUCCUACUAUUGAAUAUUACAUAAAAUGCGAUGUAUAGAAAGUGACAUCAUUUGGACUCUUUUGCAGCAUGACUAAAAAGUAAAAUUCUAUUUUUCUUA